AAAAGGCGCCGCUCCACGGGACCCAAUGACCCUUCUGACCCUUCCGGGAAGAAGGACGGCUCCAAGAAAAAGAAAGCCAGCAGGGCUUGUGUACACUGUCAAAAAGCUCAUCUCACCUGCGACGACUCUCGACCGUGCCAGCGUUGUGUCAAGCGAGGGAUCGCAGAUACCUGCACUGAAGGACACAGGAAACGAGCAAAGUAUCUGUUGGACGAAGAGGAGCUCGCGGAACCCUUUCCUCCGAACGACCCCCUCUUCAACGUCCCCUUCGACCCCUCCUUCCCCUUCGGCUCAGAAGCAGCCAAUCUCGAAUACUCCAUCCUCUCCGCCAUCCUCGGCAACCCGUCCCCAGAAUCACAGUCCACGACCUCGCCCCCGCCCCCGAACCCCCCCUUCCAGCAGGACUACCAGAGCUCCUGGCCCUCCGACGCAAACCCGGGGCCCUCGCUCUCUGGCACCUCCAGCAGCUUCACGGCGCAGGAGGUUUACGAUACUGUCACGACGCCGUACGAUUACACAGAGGGGUACCACUCCCUGAUGAAGUAUUUACCGUAUCGAUUUGAAAAGAAUGACAUACUGCGUAUCGUCCGCGCGCUGGCCAUCUUCCGGCCGUCACUCAUUGCGCUGCAGAUGCCGCUCACGGAAGAGGACGAGGUGUUCGUCGAGAAGUGCUUCCAGCGCUCCAUCAUCGAGCUGGACAAGCUGAUCUCGUACAGCGGCACGCCGACCGUGGUGUGGAGGCGCACGGGCGAGAUCUGCCUCGUCGGUCCCGAGUUCUGCAUGCUCACGGACUGGACAAAGGAAGAGCUCCUGGGAAAGGGCAAGUACAUCUGGGAGCUGUUCGAAAACCAGUCCGUGGUCGAGUACUGGGAGAACUUCGCGACGCACGCGUUCGAGAACACGACGCAGUCGGUGUACUCGCACUGCAUCCUGCUCAAGCCGUCGGGCGUCCCCGUGCCAGCCACGUUCUGCUUCUCCAUCCGGCGCGACAUCUUCGACCUCCCGAGCCUCGUCAUCGGUAGG